AUGAUUAGAUCUACUCUAAUUUUCCGCGACGAUGGACUACCAUUGUGUGCAUCUGUGGACGAUGACACCGAUCCCAGUUUACAAGAACAAAAGAAAAAGGUAAAGAUACUUAUAUCACGUUUCACGCCAUCUUCUGCGAACGAGGCGACUAUGGAGAGUGGAGACUUUGAUAUCCACUACAUCAGACAGGAUUCUGUUGUUUAUAUUGCUGUUGUGGAGCGGAACUAUCCUCGGAACCUUGCGUUCUCGUACCUAGCGGAUGUGCAACAAGAGUUCGAGCACAGUUACGGGGCGCAGCUAUCGAAGUCUAACGUGAGGCCGUAUGAGUUUGUGUCUUUCGAUGGGUUUUUGCAAAAGACGAAGAAGGUGUACAACGACAGAAGGGUGCAGGGCAAUCUGGACCAAUUGAACCAAGAUUUGAAGGGCGUGAAGCAGAUCAUGACGAAGAACAUCGAGGAUUUGCUAUACCGUGGUGAUUCCUUGGACAAGAUGAGCGACAUGAGUGCGUCGCUCAGACAGGAUGCGAAGAAGUACAGGACAUCUGCGCAGAAGAUCAACUUCGACCUCUUGAUGAGCCAGUACGCACCCAUCGCCAUAUUGGCCUUCUUCUUCGUGUUUCUGCUAUGGUGGGUCUUUUUGAGGUAG